AUGCAUUCAAAGGAGCUUACCCGCCCCACUGACAUGAUGGAUUCAGGUGAAGCUCAUAGCCAGCUCCAGGGGAAACGACUGGUUCGCGAUUGCCACGCUGACCAUGAUAUUAGCCGUCCUCUGGACCAAAGUUUCGACUUCAUUCCGGCACAUACCAGGCACAGCAGCUACCACCUGGCCGCGGCGACCUACGUUGACCCUAAUUUGCAAGCGGAUGGGGUGCGCUCCCAGCACUGCUUGCGACUUCGAACGCGGGAACGUAGCUGUGCAAUUGGCGAAGGGGGCAUGGAGCAUUUCGACUCUCGUGGUGUUUGCUUAUGGCCUUCCGAGGAUGCUCCCUCGGAUCUACUGGCCCUACUAUGUCCAGAUUCGUCCACUAGUCUUGUUCAGACUGUUUGUGACGAGCGGUCGAUCAUCUACUCUACCUCUGCUGAAGGAUUGCCCCCAAUCCCCAUAUGUUGA